AUGGCCCUGGGUUUCUUAUUGGACGAAACCGAUCGGGUGUUCCUGGAAUCUUGUAUCCGUGAUGGUCAAUCGGAUUUUGACUUUUCUCUGACGCAUUCCCCUGACAGCACUGGCAUUGGUGGGGAAGGUCGGGUUCUCGUGCACGGGCAAGGUCUUAGCUGCAGCCUGCUAGCCCAGGACAGUAUCAUUCUCGCAGAAUACUCCGAAACAGCAAAAGCAAAAAGCCGUCAGGCGUACGGGGACAUGAUGGGAGACUCUCGAGUGUCUCCGCACUCUGUGACCUUACGUAUGAUGCAGCGGCAAGUGGAGAAGGACUCAAUAGACUGGAAAAUGCACAUGCAUGACAACUCUAUGCUGGAAAGAUUAAUAUUGUGGCUUUAUAACUCAGGGAAUCUGACGCGCAGAUACUCAGACAAAGGUCCACGACUCCAAGCGUGUGUUGUGCAAUCCAUCUCGUAUGUUAGAUUACAAGCAUCUGCCCCGAAGAGGGUGGCCGUUGGUGUUGGGCUCACCUAUUAUUUACUCCGAAGUACGCUGCAUCAGCCCGUCCCUGCACAAUACAUACAGAAGACUACGGAGUCCUGCUCCGUGGAAACUGGCGUGGUUGAAGCUCGGGAUUUGGGGACAUACGAGCAGACGGCCGCUCUCUCCAAUUCGGAAAAGGAGUGCGAGAAGCCCUCCUCUCUCCACGAAAUACGGGCGGCUCCCCCUUUCCCUGGACUGGAGCUAGGCGAUGGCCCAUGUGCUCCCACUUGCCACCAGCGUGCCAAGCGCCAACAGGCGCGCACGGAGUCGUUGAUCCAUGAAUUAUGA